AUGCACAGCAGUACUCCAUCAUUAAAUAGAAGUGGUAUAUACGAGAUCAGGCCUGAGCAGGGCCUGAAGGCACAGGGGAUAGUCACCAAGUUAAUUCUUUUCAAAGAAGAGGAAGACACUGGGGUAUUUCACAAAGAAGAUAUGAUAGUUGGUCUGAACAAGUCAGCCCUGGCAUUCAUCCGUCAUCACGCCAGGAGCAAGUUUCCCUCUGGUGUGAAAUAUGAUGAGAAGUGCCUGCAAAAUUUGAUCAAGAGCCUAUGCAGCAUCCCCUUCAAUCUGAUCCAGUCUCAGUGUCAGAAAAUGCAUACCAAGGUCUUUGUCAAGAGUGCCAGCAUUGCCUUCGAGUUGAAGAAAGUCAACAGCAUGAUUUGCAAUGAAGAUAACGGAAGGAUGUCUCUCUUUGUCAGCCCCUCUACCCUACCCUACUCUGAGCAGAAGGGGCUAAAGUCAGGAAAAGUGAAACUCAUAAAGGUGACCAAGAUCAAAGGAUAUGAAGUCCCCCAGCAAGCUCUUGACCACCAGAGACUCCACUCAGGUCCACAUAUGAGUGACAGCAGUAAUUCUAGGGCAGACGUGAUGACCCAUGAUAUUGAAAUGGGGCCAAAUCUUAGGAACUGCAUGGCUGAAUCCCUGCAGAUCCAUGAAGAGAAUGCGCCCAAGCUUUUGUCCUUCAACUCGAGCAACAACACAUCCUUCAAGCUGGUUGGCCUGCCCAACACCAUGCAGAAGGCCCCCAACCUCAAGAGCCUGAACCUCUCCAAAAAUGAGGUUAAGUCUGAAGGGGAGUUGGACAAGGUGAAAGCGCUGGAGUCAGAAGAGAUGUGUGCAGACAGAAACCCUCUGUGCACCACCUUCCCAGAUAAGUCCACCAACAUAAGCUCCAUCCUGGAAUUGUUCCCCAAGUUAUUACACCUGGACAACCACGAGGUACCCCUACCCAUUGUCUUUGGCAUUGAAGCAUCCAAGAAGUUACCAGUCUGCAGGGUGAGGAGGUAUUACUGGGUCUAUGACUAUGGGGACAGGCUGGGUCUCCUGGAUGCUUACCAUGACGAGGCCUGCUUCUCGCUGACCCUUCCCUUCAACCCUGAGGACCUGAUUCCAAGCUGCUUGGACAAAUACUCUAAGGGGAGCAGGAAUAUAAAGAAGCUCAAGGACCCCGUCCUGCGGGUUCAGUUGCUGAAACACACAAAACAUGACAUUGUUGACUCCCUCAGUGUAUUGCCCAGAACCGAGCAUGACAUCAGCUCCUUGGUGGUGGACAUGUGUGUCCAGACGGUGAGCACCUGCUUCCUCCCUGAUGCUGGCCCAGAGGGCAGAGUGGAAGGAAUGUGUCAGGCUCAUGUUCGUGCCUUCACCCGGAUCUUCAUUGCUACUCCUUCCAGCAACUUCAGCCUAUGCAUCGUGAAUGACCAACUGUGUGUGAGGGACAGCAGCCCCAUAGAGACCCAGGGUGCCUUCUUCACCCCAGUGCCCACACCUCCUCCAGCUCUCUACCCACCCUCUCCCAGCAGCAGCAGGAAAUGGUGGCAGCGUUCACUGCCCAGUCUGGGAUGA